CUUUAUGUGUCUGUAGAUGACUUGAAUGAAUUUCCAUUUGAAAUGUUUGCUUUAGUUAAAAACUGUGAACCUAAAGUUUAUCAUCUAGGCAUUACAUUUGCGUCUUUUGCUUUUUUCUAUAGCGACAAAGAAAAAAAAAACAAUGUCCACUUCCAGUGCAGCUGCUAAUAGGGCUAUGUAUGUAGGCCUUGGUUUGGGUGCAACAAUGUUAACUGGGGCAUUAUCGUAUGUUUUUUACAAGUACUUGAAACGUGAUAUUAUGCCAUUAAAAUGGCGUCGCGUUGGUACAUUGGAACAAAUUAAUUUAUUUCCCGUCAAGUCUUGUGCCCCCUUGGAACUAUCUGCUGCUGAUGAACUAUUGUGUGAGGUGUUGGGUCUUCGCUUUAAAGGCAUUAGAGAUCGUGCUUUGAUGUUGGUGAACGAAAAAUAUGAAAUGAUAACAGCUCGUGUUUAUCCCAAAUUGGUGUUGGUCUUUUCUAAGCUAGUGGGUGAAACUAAGUUGUUACUGACCGCUGAGGGUAUGGAACCUUUGGAAUUAGAUUUUGCCACCUUGGCAGAUGAUGCUCCGGGUAAAGAUAUACACACUUCGGUAUGGGGCACAAAACUGGACGCCAUGCUGUGUGGUGAAAAGUAUGACAAAUGGUUUUCACGUUGUAUUUUAAAUAAGGAUUCGGGAUUGCAUUUGGUCUAUUACCCUUAUCCUAAACCAGUGAGAUCUGUUAAUUCUCGUUUGACUAAAGAGCCUUUUAUAACUAAAGAAGAUUCCGGCACCUUUGGCGAUGCCACCAGCUAUAUGCUUAUGAAUUUAGCUUCAGUAGAAGAUUUAAAUACACGCUUACCUAACUCAGUAGAUACCUUGCAAUUCCGUGGUAAUUUCCAUUUGAAGAUGGAUAAAAAUGAUGCCUAUGCUGAAGACAAAUGGCAGUGGGUGCGCAUAGGAGAUGAAGCUGUUUUCCGUAAGGUAGCACCUUGUACUCGUUGCAUAUUCCCCAACAUCAAUGUAAAGACCGGCGAAAGAGAUCCCAAUGGCAAUCCUUUGAAAGAACUUAAAAGUUAUCGUUUAAUAAACGAUAAUGUCAGUCCAACAUUGGGCAUUCACUUGGGUUUGAGACAAGCUGGCUCUAUCAAAGCAAAUGAUGUCAUUUAUGUAGAAGAUGUUGAAUGAAUAAAACAUUUAUUUUCUAUUGUUAUUAUUGUUAAAUACAAAUUAAAUUAUAUAUUAUUCCCCUAUAUUUGAUGAAAUUCA